UUAUAUAUAUAAGCCAGUGACUUCACCUGGCUGAACCCUAGAGCCGUUUUUCAAUCGCACAACAGCAGAUCAGCAAAAAUGGCUUCUCUGUGUCGUUUCAAACCGAAAAAACUCUCCACUAUUUCACCAAGAUCAACAUCCUUCUUCUACAGCUCCGAAUCCCUCAACAACCCGGACCCGAGCACCCGAAUUCCGACAACUCACAAUCCUAAAACCCCAGAAAAAGUAGAAGAUCUCAUUUGCAGAAUGAUGUCUACUCGCGUGUGGACUACACGCCUUCAGAACUCCAUUAGGAAUCUUGUUCCUUCAUUUGACCAUGAACUUGUUUACAAUGUGUUACACAAUGCAAAAAACUCUGAACAGGCGUUACAGUUCUUUAGAUGGGUAGAAAGAUCCGGUCUUUUCAGGCAUGACAGAGAAACCCAUUUCAAGAUUAUUCAGAUUCUUGGUAGGUCUGAGAAGCUUAAUCAUGCUAGGUGUAUACUUCUUGAUAUGCCUAAUAAGGGUGUUGAUUGGGAUGAGGAUUUAUGGGUUUUGAUGAUUGAUAGUUAUGGUAAAGCUGGGAUUGUUCAAGAGAGUGUCAAGUUGUUUCAGAAAAUGGAAGAGUUAGGUGUUGAAAGGACCAUUAAAUCCUAUAAUGCUUUGUUUAAUGUGAUAACGCGUCGAGGGCGAUAUAUGAUGGCCAAGAGGUAUUUCAAUAAGAUGGUUAAUGAGGGUAUUGAGCCGACUACGCACACUUAUAAUCUGUUGAUUUGGGGUUUCUUUUUAUCGUCUAAGCCGGAUACUGCGAUUAGGUUCUUUGAGGCUAUGAAGAGUAGGGAGAUUAGUCCUGAUGUAGUGACUUAUAAUACUAUGAUUAAUGGCUAUAACCGGGCUAAGAAAAUUGAAGAGGCCGAGAAGUACUUUGUGGAAAUGAAGGCGAGGAAUAUAGAACCGAAUGUGAUCAGUUAUACCACCCUGAUAAAAGGAUAUAGUUUGGUUGUGCGAGUAGAUGAUGCAUUGAGAUUGUUUGAAGAGAUGAAGAGUUUUGGUAUUAAACCGAAUGCCAUUACGUACUCAACACUGUUGCCUAGUCUAUGUGAGGGACAGAAAAUGUCUGAAGCUAGGAUGAUUUUGAAGGAGAUGGAAGAGAAGUAUAUUGCACCAAAGGAUAACUCUGUAUUCAUAAGAUUAAUCUCUGGACAGUGUGAGGCAGGUGAUUUGGAUGCUGCAGCUGAUGUUCUGAAAGCUAUGAUCAGGUUGAGUGUUCCCACCGAGGCUGGGCAUUAUGGUGUCUUAAUUGAGAAUUUCUGCAAGGCUGGUGUCUGCGAUCGAGCUGUCAAAUUGCUGGAUAAGCUUAUUGAGAAAGAAAUCAUCUUGAGUAGUAGUUUGCCUAUGGAACAAAGUGCAUAUAAUCUGAUUAUUGAUUACCUAUGCAAUAAUGGCCAGACAAGUAAGGCUGAAACUCUAUUUAGACAGUUGAUGAAAAUUGGGAUUCAAGAUCCUGUUGCCUUUAACAAUCUCGUCUGUGGGCACUCAAGAGAAGGGGCUCCUGAUUCGGCCUUUGAAAUUUUGAAGAUUAUGGGCAGGAGAAAGGUUCUUUCUGAUGGUAUUGCUCACAAGUCACUUGUUGAGAGCUAUCUGAAGAAAGGGGAGCCUGCUGAUGCUAAAGCUGCUUUGGACAAUAUGCUUGAACAGGGACAUGAACCCGACUCAUUGUUGUAUAGAUCAGUGAUGGAGAGCCUGAUGGGAGAUGGAAGGGUUCAAACAGCAAGUCGAGUGAUGAAGAUUAUGUUGGAGAAGGGAGUCAAAGAACACAUGGAUUUAAUUUCUACUAUCUUGGAAGCCCUCCUAAUGAGGGGCCAUGUUGAGGAGGCCCUUGGAAGAAUUGAAUUGUUGUUACACAGCGGUCUCUCACCUGAUAUUGACGGUCUCUUGUCCGCUCUAUGUGACAAAGGAAAAACAGCUGCUGCUCUAAAGCUGUUAGAUUUUGGUUUAGAGAGAGAUUGUACCAUAGACUUUUCAAGCUAUGAUAAGGUGCUGGAUUCUCUUGUAGCUGCUGGGAAGACACUUAAUGCUUAUUCUAUGUUGUGCAAGAUGAUGGAAAAAGGAGGAGUUAAAGAUCACAAGAGUUGUGAGGAGUUGAUUAAGAGCCUCAAUCAAGAGGGAAACACAAAGCAAGCAGAUAUUCUAAGAAGAAUGAUCAUCGGAAAGGAUACAACUCUUGACAGCAAGAAAGCAAAGAAAAAGACAGCCAUUGCUACCUGAUUCCGAGAAGUUUUAGAAUGGAAACAGGUUAUGCUUCAGCCAAACCAUCUUUAAGUGCGCUGAGCUUUCCCUGGCAAUUUAAAUGUGGAAACUGUUAUUAUGCAAAAGUUGACAACUUGUUUUCAGAAGUGAACUUCCUUCAUUUCCAUUGCAAACUUCAACUCAAUCAGCGUAAGAUACUAGUCAGAGUUGGUUCAUCUGGGCGUUACCAAGGGGUGAGGUUACAAUAGGAUUGCAUCAUGGUCAAGUAUAAACAGCGAUGGGCGUUUGUUUUUUUCUUGGUUGGCCCGUAAAAUGGUUUUCUUAUUUAGCUUUUCUGAGUAGCAACUCAUGUUUAACUCAUAGGAACACAGAGUCAAUCUCUCUGAACUUUGCUGCUUGAUUCAAAUUGAAUUUGGGUACGGUAUGGCAAACAUCUACCCGAAGUUUGGGCAGAUAAAUAUGAGUUUUGCUAACUAGUCAACAUCAUUUUCCGUUCUA